AUGGCGGACGCUUUGGCCGAGGUGGCUGAGGGCGUGGCCAAGCUUGUUCUCGAUGCCGAGACGGGCGAGAUGGUCACCAAGAACGAGCUGAAGAAGCGAACCCAAAAACGAGCCCGAAAAGCGAAUGCUGCUGCAAACCGUGCCAAUGCCCAGCAGGAGAAGAGCAACGCGCCAGCUGCUGCCAAGCCUGCGAAGCCCGAGGAACGCGUUAUUGACCCCGAAGCCAUGUUCAAGCAGGGAUUCCUGGGCGAAGUCUACAAGCUGCGCCCAGAGAAGGAGGUCGUCACGCGAUUCCCACCUGAGCCUAACGGCUACCUUCAUCUUGGACACGCCAAGGCCAUCGCUGUCAACUUUGGCUUUGCAAAGUUCCACGGUGGUAGAACUAUUCUUCGAUUCGACGACACAAACCCCGACGCUGAGAAAGGAGAAUACUUCGUCGCUAUUGAGGAGACCAUCCGAUGGCUUGGAUUCACACCGAGUGAAAUCACGUAUGCGUCCGACAACUACCAGCGAAUGUACGAUCUCGCCGAAGAAUUGAUCAAGAUGGAGAAGGCUUACGUGUGCCAUUGCGACGACGUCGAGACCAAGAAGCAGCGCGGUGGCGAGGACGGCUUGUCUCCAAGAUAUCGUUGUGAACAUGCCAAGCAGGAUGUCGAGACAAACCUCAAGAAGUUCCGAGGCAUGAGGGAUGGAGAAUAUGAGCCGAGAAGCGCAUGGCUUCGCAUGAAGCAAGAUAUUGAAGGCAAUCCAAAUCCCCAGAUGUGGGAUCUUGCCGCGUACAGAAUCCCCAAAGACCAAGAGCCACACUACCGGACGGGCACCAAGUGGCGGAUAUACCCAACUUACGACUUCGCCCACUGCUUAUGUGACAGUUUCGAGGGCAUCACACACAGCUUGUGUACCACUGAAUUCAUCAUGUCACGAGAGAGCUACGAGUGGUUGAAUAAGCUUUUGGUGGAAUUCCAGCCUAUGCAGCGUGAAUACGGCCGCUUAAACCUCAGCGGCACCAUCAUGAGCAAGAGAGGCCUGAGGACCUUGAUAGAGAACAAGAUUGUUCGCGGAUGGGACGAUCCACGACUAUACACGAUCAAAGGAAUUCGAAGACGAGGCAUCCCCCCAGGCGCACUCCUCUCUUUCAUCUACGAGCUUGGUGUGACUACCAACGUAACGCAAGUUAAUAUCAAGCGUUUUGAGCAGUCUAUCCGAGUGUAUCUCGAGAAGACAGUUCCCCGCCUCAUGCUUGUCCUGGAUCCUGUCCCAGUGGUGAUUGAGGAUGGCGAAGAGCAGGACCUGGAUAUUCCCUUUUCACCAAAAGACCCCAAGCUAGGAUCUCACACUCUUCGCUUGACCAAGACCGUUUACAUCGACCGCUCAGAUUUCCGGGAGGUAGACAGCAAGGACUACUUCCGCCUCGCUCCCGGCAAGAGUGUUGGCCUGUUGAAUGUGCCUUUCCCUAUCAAAGCUGUUUCUUUCACCAAAGACGAAACCACAGGAGCUAUCAAAGAGAUCCGAGCUGUUUUUGACAAGGAAGGCAAGAAACCCAAGACGUAUAUUCAGUGGGUACCUGAAGGCUCUCCUGCAGCCGAAGUGCGGAUACAUGAGCCUCUUUUCAAAUCUGAUAGCCCUGCAUCUGCCCCUGGCGGUCUUUUGAGUGAUGUCAAUCCAAACAGCGAGACCAUCUGGCCAAAUGCAAUGAUUGAGAACGGCUUCUACGAAGUGAAGCGAAGGGCGCCCUGGCCCGAAGCCGAGGGUGAAAAGACUGGAGAAGCACUCCCAGAGAGCGUGCGGUUCCAGGCUCUUCGUGUUGCAUACUUUGCCUUGGACUCGGAUAGCACAGAUGACAAGAUCGUGCUCAACCGUAUUGUGGCACUAAAGGAGGAUUCUGGAAAGAGUAGCUAG